GGUCUGAAGCGGCAGGGACCGGGCGCGGGGCGGACUGGGAAGAAAGUCAAGAGGCGGUGGUGCCGGGCGCGGGGCAUUCUGGGGAGAAGGUCAGCAAUGGCGGCUGGCUGCCGGAUUGGGCCGUCGAUUCUAAACAGCGACUUGUCCCGGCUCGGGGCUGAAUGUCGGAGGAUGAUGGACUGCGGGGCUGACUACCUUCACCUGGAUGUGAUGGACGGACAUUUUGUGCCUAAUAUCACGUUUGGUCAUCCUGUGGUAGAAUGUCUUCGGAAAGAACUCGGACAAGAACCCUUCUUUGAUAUGCAUAUGAUGGUCUCAAAGCCAGAGCAGUGGGUGAAACCGAUGGCAGUAGCGGGGGCUAAUCAAUACACAUUCCAUCUAGAAGCAACAAAUAACCCAGGACCACUCAUCAAAGACAUACGUGAAAACUGCAUGAAGGUGGGACUGGCAAUUAAACCAGGUACAAGUGUAGAAGACUUGGCUCCUUGGGCAAAUCAGAUUGACAUGGCUCUAGUGAUGACUGUGGAACCUGGGUUUGGAGGUCAGAAAUUUAUGGGUGAUAUGAUGUCAAAGGUCCACUGGUUGCGAACACAGUUUCCUUCGCUGGAUAUUGAAGUUGAUGGAGGUGUGGGACCAGACACUAUUCAGAAAUGUGCAGAGGCUGGAGCAAACAUGAUCGUAUCUGGCAGUGCAGUCAUGAAGAGUGAUGACCCCAGAUCUGUAAUAAAUCUACUCCGUAAUGUCUGUGUUGAAGCCAUGCAAAAGCGCUGCCUGGACAGGUGAAAUGGCAACAGUGCAACCAUAGGAAAUUCAAUUGUGCCUGCUGGUGGUGGUAUGGGAAUGAACUUCAAACACGUGUAAAACUAAUAAUUCUUCCAUACAGCUGAAACAGUCUAGAAGUUCAGAGGGCUAAAGGAGCAAAGUCUGCAAAUGUAAAACUCCCUGUGAUUGAAACAUUUUCUCUUGGUGCCUCUUUUCUCUAUAUUCUGAAUAAAAACAAAUAACUAUG